CCAGGUUACAACAGCUCCACAUAAACGCUGCGUCUGUACUGCUAUGUUCCUCCUGUACUGAGCUCUCAGCUACACACUACACCCUCUACACACAAUAAUGGCGACCGGUCUGGAGAGAGCGGAGCCAGGGGACAGCGAGCAGGAUGAAGAAGAGGAUGUAUAUGAAGUAGAGAAGAUUAUUGAUAUGCGAGUGGAAGAAGGAGAGGUGCUGUACCGUGUGCGAUGGAAGAACUAUUCAUCAGAUGAUGAUACCUGGGAGCCCAGGACCCACCUGGAGGACUGUCAUGAGGUUCUGCUGGCGUAUGAGAGAGUUCUGACUGAGAGGAAAGUUAAGAAAGACUCCAGCAUGAUACUCCCGAUGAAGAGUGACUUAUUUGAUGCAAAUUCUGAUAGUGACAGCAGUAAAGACAGACCAAAAGACUCGCCUAUCAAGCUAAAGAAAAAAAAGAAAAAACACACAGAGGAAUCGGAGGAUGAAAAGUCAGUAAAGGAGAAGAAAAAAAAGAAAAAGAAGGAAAAAUCAAGGGAAGACAAACCAUUGCCUGCUCCCGAGUCUGACGAGGAGGAGGAAAGUGUUCCCACACCACCACUUCCCAAGAAGGAAAAGACCACAGAUGCCAAAAAGAGAAUUGUUGAAAAGGAGGAUGAUGAUGAUGAGGAGGAGGAGGAUGGUCCAGCUGCAGCAAAGAAACACAAGAAGGACAACAAAGCUAAAGAUGGAGGGAAGCACAAGAAAGAAACUGUUGAUGAGAAAAAGAAAAAGAAGGUAAAAUCAAAAAGAGAGAUCGAGUCCUCUGAUGAUGAGACAGAUAGGGGUGAUGUUCCAUUUGAAUCACACCUUGAUGACACUACACCAACAGACCUCAUCACUCCAGCAAAGUCCACACCUCCCAAAUCAACAGAAAAGUCCUCUAUGGGGGAAAGCGGGGCCGAUCAGUUCAAGGCAAAACAGAAGAAAAGCAAGUCUGACUUAAAACUGCAAGGUAUCAGAAACUUGAUUCAAGACAAGAACCCCAAAAAGGCAGACAGCCCUGCUCCUCUUAAAGAGAGUGGCCUAAACAAGCUAAAAAGUCUGACUAGUAGUAAGAGCAGUAUCAGGUCAUCCCGGAGUGAAGAAGAACCUGACUCCAGCGAUGCUGGGACCAUCGCAAAAGCAAAAAAUAAAGUCAAAUAUCAGGAAUCGACCUUGCCUACUCAGAAAGAGUCAUGUGUAUCCUCAUCCUCUACAGUCUCUUUAACUCCCAACAAGCCCAAAGACGAUGAGCUGAAGGAAGAGGUUGGGGAAAAAGGAGCUGCUCCUAAUCUCUUUGAGAAGUUUUUGCUCACCUGUGAGGCCAAGGACCGUGUGCCCAGGAAACAAGCAGCUCAUGCACCAAAGAGUUCAGUGAGACCUGAUAAAAAGCUGAGAAAGGAAUCUCCAGUGCAGAAAUCUGAGCUUAGUGAAGGCCACAUUGCCAUGGAGACUGAUGAAAACCUGGAAAAGGCCACACCGGAGUCUGAAAAGAGUGACUGCUUUGAUGAGUCUGCUACUAAAGCAAAAGAGGAAAUACUGCGUGAACAAAAAGAGGAGCAGCAACGAAAAAGAAAAGAACGAUUGGAGGAAGAGGAAAGAAAAAGAAAAGAGAGGAUAGAGGAAGCCCAGAGAGAAAGGAAGGUAAAGAUGGAGGAGGCACAGAGAGAGAGACAGAGGCUGGCAGAUGAGACACGGUUAGACAGGAAGUCUAUAGUGGAUGCAAUGGCAUCUGCUGAGCCUACAGAAGAUUUAAGGUGGAAGGAGAGGAGAAGAAAAAGGCGAGAGGACAGCGAGUCUCGUCUCCUUAUUGCCUGCGAUGACAAUCAGGACUCUCAGGAUCCCCUGGAACGCUCAGAGAAAACUUCUGACCGGGGCCCACCUUCUCUCAACCUUGGAGUCGAGCUGAAGCUAGACUGGAUGACACUGGAGGAUUUUCAAAAACACUUGAAUGGGGAAGAUGAAAAUCUCUCCCCACUAUCCCUAACGCCUACUGAGCUGCGGGAUGCUGUAAAAAAUGGCAAUUAUAUGGCUGUCAAACGUGCACUCAGUUCCAAAGAGGACUAUAAUCUGGACCAGGAGGACUCCAGCGGUAUGUCCUUGUUAAUGCUGGCCGCUGCUGGAGGACAGGACGACAUCCUCCGGCUGCUGAUUAAGAAAGGAGUGAAGGUGAACGGGCGUCAGAAGAAUGGUACCACAGCUCUUAUGCAUGCUGCUGAGAAGAACUUUCUCACCACUGUGGCCAUUCUUCUUGAGGCUGGAUCUUGCCUUAAUGCUCAGACACUAGGUGGGGAGACGGCACUUAUGAAGGCAUGUAAAAGAGGAAAUGCAGAUGUUGUGCGCCUCCUGCUUGAGUAUGGAGCUGACUGCAACAUUCUGUCCAAGCACAAGAACACGGCCUUGCACUAUGCCAAGCUUAGCAAUAACAUGAUGGUGUAUGACCUUAUUAAAGACCACAAUCAGACAUUGUCAACGGUGGCAGAGGACACUAUUAGAGCAUAUUUUGAGACAAGAUUGGCUCUGCUAGAGCCAGUGUUUCCUCUGGCGUGUCAUCGUCUCUGUGAGGGACCAGACUUUUCAUUGGAAUUUAAUUACAAACCCCCACAACAUCCACCGGUGGAGGGAUCUGGUAUUCUGCUCUUUAUCUUCCAUGCUAAUUUCAUGACUGAAAUCACAGCCAGACUCUGCGGGCCCUGCAGUGUUCAUGCAGUCGUUCUUAACGACAAGUUUCAGCUGCCCAUUUUCCUCGAUAGCCACUUUAUUUAUUCAUUCAGCCCAGUCCAAGGAACCAACAAAAUGUUUAUUCGCCUAGCUGAGUCACCAACAGCGAAGGUUAAACUUCUCAUCGGUGCAUAUAGAGUUCAGCUUCAGUGAUGUCCAGACUUUCCUUCCAGGUCAAAGCUUGGCAGAGAGAAUCUCAACUGCUGAGAACUGAGAGUCAUUACCCAAAGCUGUUUCUCUGAAAUGGUUCUUGUUCAGUGUCAUUUAAGUGUAAUUGCCUAAAAAUGAAGGCCCUAAUACACUAGACAGUAAUGGAUGGUGCAUCUAGAAGUGUGAUUCUAGGUACAAGUUCAGCAACAUGUCAGAAGUGUUUUAUAGGUUUUACAAGACAUGUAUUUUGUCCAAAAUAUUUUGGAGAGCCUGUCUUUUGCAGAUGUGGUUACAAUGAAAAGGGUGGGCAUUUGUAAAUCUUGUUUGUAUAGGUUUUAUUUGAAAAUACAGUAAUUUAUCACUCCAGAUUUUCCCAUACAUCCCUUUUGAGUUAUGCUUUUUAUUAUGAACUUAUUUGGCUGUAUGUGUGUGAAAAUGACGUAGUAGUGAGUAGCAUCUGUCUCUCUGAUUCGUCCUCUCGGGACCAAAUUUAAACUGGACCUAGAAAUGUUUAAACACCAGAGUUAAUUUCAAUCCUGCUGUUGUUUCACACUGAAUCCCACUGGACAGCUUGUGUAAGAUGGUUUGUGUAAAAUGUAUUAUAACUUUUGGGUUUCUUCAACAGUACAGAGAAUGUAUUGCUUAGCUGCGUUUCUGCUUAGCUGAUCUGCUAGUAUCUGCUACCCACAUCUGAUGAUGAAUUUUGUUUAGGAAUCAGCAGCUUGCUAUUGAUUAUUUUAGACUAUAAUGAUCCUUUGUGUUAAUUAAAUUUAAUUUUUCAUUCUUCUCCAAGCACUUCUCAGUGUAUAUGUUUAGAAGUUUAUACACAGGGACUAAAAUGCAAGAGACUGUAAUGCAAUUGUUAAUGAAUGAUCCCCUGAUUAUUUUUAAUCAAUGAUUAUCACUAAUAAUCAAACAGAUUGAGUUUUAAGUAAAAGAUUUGGAAUUUGAGUCCAGGAUGAAUGCUCAUAAAUUCUGUUAACUGUACGCCACCCAACACUGUGUUUAACCUUUCCCCUAACUGUACCCACAAAUUACUAAUUUGCCCUUGAUUACUUUGAUUUAUCCAACCUAACAGAUAAGAAAUGUAAAAUGUCAGUGUCAUGACUAGUAUCUGUCAAAUCAACAAGGUUUCAUAUUUAUUUUAUCAUGUCUUUGUGCUGCAUUACUAAUUAAUUUAUUAAAAGUUGUAGGCAAAAUUAAAGUGGUGACCUAAUGCAUCAUAAACAAGAAAGGAAAACCAGAAUUUACUCUCACUUCCACAUUAAUAAUUUAUAACCUGUGACACCCCCGCCCCCCCCAAUCCAAUUCAUCUUUGGUAUUAUGGUACUGCUUUCUAAUAUGCUAUAUUUUCUUUGAUUUCUCAUUUAAAAUUCCUUAACUAUAGCAUAUCAUCUAAACAGGCUAUCUUUACAGGCUAUCCUAAACCCGUCCUCAUUCAGGUUAAGAUGACAUUCUCAAGAGCAUGUUCAGUAAAUCUUUACUCGUUUGAAAAGUAUAUAGUUGAAAUAAAUUAGCCAGGUCAUGUACAUAACGUUGUUGUUUUCUAUUAUAGACACAUACAAAUCAUUAUUUAAAUUUCCAAUAAUAUUUACUGUGUAUUAGCAAUCAGUUAUUUUAAUCAGCUGUUACUGUUUGCCCACACUCAUGGCCCUUCCUUAAUUUGUAUCUGUUAAAUUAAGGGGUUUCCCUCUUUCAGAUAAAAUGACCUACAUGAUGUCCAAGUGAAUAUUGACUAAAUUCUGUUUUGAAAGUGAUUUGUUAAAAUGACAGAUUUUUGUGAUGUAAAAAAACGAAACCAAAUGAAUCAUUUAAGAAAGUUUUUUCAAAUUUAAUGUGACCUAUAAUCUGUACAGUUUAAUUAAAAAGCAAACUAUCUUUUAGGGGGAAAUUAAAAAAAUGCAAUAAUAUGGUUGUAUAAAUAUGCAUACCCCAAAAGUAAUAUUUUGUUGAAGCACCUGUUGAUUUUAUGACAGCAUUCAGUCUUUUUGGGUAGCAGUCUAUCAGAAUGUAUAUCUAGACUUGGCAAUCUUUGCCCACUCCUCCAAAUCUUGUCAGAUUGUGAGGGCAUCUCAUGUGCACAUCCCUCUUCUUUUAUUGAUGUGGAAGUAUUAUUAGGGUCAUUGUUGUGCUGAAAGGUAAAAUUCAUCUUCAGCUUGUAGCAGAGGCCUGAAGGUUUUGUGCCAAAUAUGAAUGACAUUUGAAAAUGUUCACAACUCAUUCCACCAUGAUUAAAGUCCAAGUUCCAGUUAAAGAAGAACAGAACCAAAGUAUAACGCUGCUACCACCAUGUUUUACUUUUGGUAUGGUCUUCUUUUAUUUGUUUGUUUUUGCUUCAAAUGUACCUUUUGGAAUUAUGGCCAAAAAGUUUAACAUUGGUCUCAUCAGCCCAUAACCCAUUUCUGCACAUGCUUUUGGCAAAUUUGAUGUAAGUUUUUGCAGGCAGGUGUUUUUCUUGCCACCCUGUCUCACAGCCCAGAUAUGAAGAAUGCAGGAGAUUGUUGUAACAUGCAGUACACAACCCAGCUUCCCAGACCAGUUUUCUUCUUUUUAACGAUUUUAAACGACUUUUGUGCCAUAAUUCAUCUACUUGACAACUGUAUUCACUCUGAUCCUUGUAAUGUGUAAUGCCUUGGAAAAUUUACAUUGCCAAAUUUUACAUUGCUUACUGUCAGGAUGUGUGGGUUAAUGUAUUGUUAACAAGCAUUACCUAGUAUACUUUAACAAGCAUUACUGAACUUGAAUAAACCCUUUAAAAUGCUUA